AUGAAAUACGCCAAAAUAUCAAAUUAAGUCAGAUAGGCCUUUAUAAAAAGGAUAUCUGAAAAGAAAUGUACAAUAAGAUAAGCAGCAAAGCAAUUUGGCAUCAAAUUUUCAACAGCCAAAGCAAUUUUAUCAAUUUAUAGACACGAGGGUAGGAUUGGGAAAAAAUAAAGACGACAAAGAAAGCUUUUAAACAAUAAUAUUUCAGAAAAGGAAACUUAAAAAUCUCUUAAAGAAGAACACACAGAGACCAAAGAGGAGUUUAAAAUAGACUAAGCUCCCCAAACUACUGUUAACGACGGCCUAACCAUACAACACCUACCGCAAUAUAAUUAUGACUGGACUUACUUGCAACAUUUUUGGAUGGUAACCUACAUGAAUCAACAAUUACAAUACCAAAAUUUUUAAAGAUUUAUUGGAUAUUGA